GGCCUCUCUGUGUGUGUGUGUGUAUAUAUAUAUAUAUAUACAUAUAUAGUAAGAAAGCCCUGCUGAUCUCUUGUGCAUUUACACCAACGGUUCUCUCUCUAUUUUUAUUUCCGAAGAACUAAAGAAAAUGGCGUUGAAGCUACAUGGCCUUCCUAUGUCAACAUGUACCUGUACCGUAAUGACUUGUCUGAAUGAAAAAGGUGCAGAUUUCAAGCUUGUUCCUGUUGAUCUUUUCGCCACUGAAAACAAGCAGCCUUCUUUCCUUGCCAAGAAUCCCUUCGGUCUGAUUCCUGUACUAGAAGAUGAGGAUCUUACACUCUUCGAGUCGAGAGCAAUCACAGCAUACGUAGCGGAAAAGUUCAAAGAAACAGGACACGAUCUCAUAAGGCAUGAGAACUUGAAAGAUGCUGCAAUGGUGAUGGUAUGGAAAGAGGUGGAAUCGCAACAAUACCAUCCAGCAAUCUGUCCAAUCGUGUACCAGUAUUUCGUGGCACCUCUACGGGGCACCACACCGGAUCAAACAGUGAUCGAUGCCAAUUUGGAGAAGCUGGGGAAGGUUUUGGACGUCUACGAAGCCAGGCUGAGCAACACGAAGUAUUUGGCUGGGGAUUUCUACACUUUGGCUGAUCUUCACCACCUUUCUUACACUCACUAUUUCAUGAAAACUCCAUGGGCUUCAUUCAUUAAUGAUCGUCCCCAUGUUAAGGCUUGGUGGGAGGAUAUUUCUUCUAGGCCUGCAUUUCAGAAAGUUGCGGUGGGAAUGAAUUUUGGUGAGAAAUAAAUAGUACUCUGUACUCAUAAAGAAAGGGCAUUACCUCUAUGUUUAUUUGUUUUUGGAUUC